UAAGUGAUCUAUGUUAAAAUCCAUUACUCCGCUGAGGAGAUGAAGGGGUGGAGUGGCGCGAAAGAGAGAGAGCGCGAGGCGCAUCGCUCUGAGUGACAGGAGAGAGAGAGUCUGAGCGCGCGCGACGGUCACAGCGAGCCUGACUGACUGAAGAUUGAGACGGUUAAAAACACAGAGAACGGGAGUCAAAACCAUUGGAAAAAAACACGGUCUAGAAAAGAAGAAAAUAAACAUUUCUCAAAGGAAAGAUGCCGUUUACCCAAACUGAGGUAACACGUUCCCAAAGAUGAGGGGUUACAACAUCCCGGUGUUCCGUCAAUCCUCAUUCAAGAAUACACAAUCAACAUGAUGUCAACUUUGAAGGACACACUGCAACCUGAAUACACAUCAUCGGCUCGGAUAUACUCUUGUACAGAAGUGAUGAAAAUUUUGAUUCUAUUGAUUGACACUGGAAAAAAUUCCCAGGGUUUUUCUGGUUGACAUUAUCCUUAUUUCAGUGCCUACAAUUCAAAGGAAUCCUACAAAUAAAGGGCUGCAAUUUUUGGUCACAUGAGUUGAAGGACAUAGAGAAUCAAGAAUCAAUUUCCUAUCUAGAAUUAAGAAGACGACUGUCACUGAUAGAACUCUGACUCCUCAGAACUACCAGCCAAAGGACAAUGUGGGACACUCGCUAGAUGUUGCUGCCUAAGGUAACAACGUUUGUAACCAAGAGGCAGCCAACCAACUCCCAUCUGGCCUGGCCUGCAACACAAACAACCUUGAGUCCAGUCCCAUAGGAUAGCAGGCAGCAAAAAGAAUGAGGCCCCAGCAGAGAGCGAUGUACACCAACCCUUCACACACAAAUACUCACAAAAACAAGGCUUGUGAUUGGAGGUAAAGAAGGGCAAGAAAGACCUGCGUUUCCGAACUACACUGACCAAGAAUAUUGACUUGAGACAUUGGGUUAAAUUACCUCUGCAGAGAGAGUGGGGUACAUUGCCUGGAAUUAUGGCCACAGAGAGCCUAGUUGAACUCCGUGAUUGGUUGUUCCUACUUCUCCUAUGCCUGACAUUAUUGGUUGAAGUCCUCGAGUUUGCUGCAGCAACAGCUGCUGCUGCGGAGGCAGCUCUCGGAGAGGCGGAGCUUCAGGGAGACGUGCCAUGCCCCUCAGCUUGCAGGUGCGAUGAUGGCUUCAUUUACUGCAAUGACCGUGGCUUGAGUAUCAUCCCACCAUUACCAUUAACGGCAGCUGUGCUCUAUCUGCAAAACAACCGCAUAGACAAUGCUGGGCUACCAACAUCUUUAGAGCGACGACUGACUGUGCGAGUAGUUUACCUUUAUGAUAAUGAACUUGACGAUUUUCCAACACAUCUGCCUCCGUCGCUACGAGAACUUCACCUACAGGACAACAAUAUACGAACUUUACCCCGUUCUGCUCUUGCACGGCUCCCCCUACUGGAGAAGCUUCACAUGGAUGACAAUUCGGUUUCAACCGUAAGUAUAGAAGACAAAGCAUUCGCCAACAAUCCGAGGCUGCGUCUUCUUUUCUUGUCACGCAACCACCUCUCAAGUAUACCAUCAGGACUGCCUGCAUCACUUGAGGAACUCCGCCUAGACGACAAUCGGAUUUCAACUAUUCCAACACAUGCAUUUCGAGGUCUCUCCUCUCUAAGACGUCUCUUCCUUGAUGGGAAUCUGCUGGCAAAUCAGCGUAUUGCAGAUGAUACAUUCUCAAGGCUGUCUAAUCUCACAGAACUCUCUCUGGUUCGUAACUCGCUCCAGGCACCACCAUUAAACCUUCCAAGUAUGCAUCUCCUUCGCCUCUAUCUACAGGACAAUGCCAUAGCCCACAUGCCACGAGGCUCCCUGGAUGGCAUGCGAAGGCUACAGAAACUGGACCUAUCAGGUAACAACUUGACGACUCUCCCGAGAGGUUUAUUCAAGGACCUGGACAGCCUUUCACAAUUACUUGUCCGAGGAAAUCCUUGGUACUGUGGCUGUAACCUCCGCUGGCUUCAUGACUGGUUGCAUGAGCGAGGUUCAUCAGUGACUGUGAGAGGUUUAACUUGCCAUGGACCAGAGAGACUAAGAGGCAUGGCACUAAGGGACCUUACAAGUCAGUUGGAAGACUGUGAGGUCAGCGUAGAUACUGCAGGAGGAAUGGUUGGAAACGAUGGAGCAAAGAAGGAGAAAAGUUAUUUUCCGACCCAAGCACCAGCUACAACAACCCCUCCACUACCGCAGGGUUCUCUCUUUACCCUCAGAUCCAGACGACCAGGCCACAAGUAUUCAGAUAUUAGCCAGGACAGUCUUGGAGGUGGAAAUGGGGUUACAGGUAAAUCAAUACUAAUCAGUGUAAAACCUCUCACACCAGAGACAGUUCACAUUACCUGGCAGGCAGCACAGCCAGUCCCCUCCUUCAGACUUUCCUGGUUGCGACUAGGCAACAGUCCUGCAAUGGGGUCAAUCACAGAAACACUUGUGCCAGGGGAUCGCCGUGAGUAUUUACUUACGCAACUACAGCCCCAGUCAAGUUACAUCAUCUGCUUGGUGCCUCUCUCUGGAAACGAUGGUAAAAGAACCUCUUUUACAGCAAGUGGGGGUUUAAACAUAAACACAAACUCAGAGCAUGAGCACCCUGCUUGUGCCAAAACAGAGACGGAUCCCCUAGAGCAGCCUAUUUCAGACCAGGACAGUGAUCGAGGAACUGACCAGCUGUCAGCCCUACCACUUGCUGGAAUUAUUGGAGGUGCAACAGCAUUGGUGUCUUUGUUCUUAAUUUUUGGCAUCUUCUGCUGGUACGGACACCGUGCGGGGUACCUCGCGCCAGGCGACCAUUCUAUAUAUGGCAGAGAUGUUGUUGGCUCACGAGGUGCCAGCAAACAUUACGAUGACUAUGUUGAGUCUGGAACCAUAAAAGACACGUCCAUCUUAGAAAUCAGAGCUCAUGGCUUUCAAAUGACACCAAUGUCUGCCCAACAGCCUUUGCAGCCCAAGGCAAAAGUUGAGGAUAUGACAUACAUUCACACUAUCUUUCCCUCUAAUAAUGCAACUCUAUAUAGGAGCACCCUGAACCACACAGGAAAUCCAGGCUAUGGAACAAAUCGAGGGUACAGAGAAGGGGGAAUACCAGACAUAGAUUAUUCAUACACGUGAUAGCCUUUUUUAUUAUAACCCCUUCCUGUUCUGUUCCUGUUAUCAGGUAAAGCAGUUGGGUAAGGGUUCUUUUCCCUAGGUUCUAAAGUAGGGGUGUGCCGAUUCUAAGGGGACCAUUUUUCCCCAUCUAUCGUACACAAAAUCUUAUUACUGGAUAGAAGAUUUCAAGUAGAUUUUUUUUAAAUCAAAAUAUUUAUACUUAAAAUAGAAUAGUUUUUGGAGCAUUGUUGUAAAAUGGAGAUGUUUAAAACCAAAAUCAGGAUUGCGCAAAUUGAAUUGGGUAAUUUAAUGACGUUACAAGAAUGAAAAUGACUUACUAUUCAAAACCAGGUGUUAAAAAAGCUAUAUGGACUGUUCUGCAGACACUCUACAUAAAUGAUGCAAAUCAAUAAAAUGGUUACAUAAAAAUGUUCAGAAAGAACACCUUGUGAUACACUCCUAAAAAUAAAGAUUCUUUAUUGGCAUCAAUGGUUCCACAAAGAACCUUUACCAUCCAUGGAACCUUUUCAUUCCACAAAAGGUUCUUUACAGUGGAAAAAGGUUCUUUUGAUCAUUAAAAUGUUCUUCACACUAAGAAAAAAAAUAGUUCUGUUAAGAACUGUUCACUGAAAGGUUCUUUGUGGAGCCAAAACUGGUUCUUCUAUGGCAUCGUGCGAAAACCCUCUUUUGGAACCUUUAUUUUUAAGAGUGUACUGUAUGUGGAUGAAGCAGGAUUUCAUUCGGCACACCCCUAUUCCAAAGUACCCUUUGUGCCUCCUUUAGUCUGUUUUUAAAACAUUGUUCUUAAUGGGAAAAAAACCCUCUGGAACAUGCUUAAAAUACCUAUAAUAGUCAGAAAGUGCCAGGGAUACCACUCUUGGUGUUGAUGUUAUCCAAUAUUCAGAUGAUAAUUGAAGUUGUUUUUGCAUCUUAGUGUCCUAAAACUAGCUCAUUUUAAGGGUUAGCAUGAUGAUGAUGAUGAUGAUGAUGAUGAGAUCUGGGACCAGGUUCAUAUAGAUAUAAUUUUACUACCUGGACAUUACUGUGUAUAUAUGCACUGGGGAAAACUGAUGCCUUUCCAUUCUGGGGGAUACUGACGGCAACAACAAAAAAAGAAAUCUUUUUGGGGGGCUGUUAUUCAAAUUCUAAUUCUCAGUUCUCUCUCCCUCCUUUUAUGGGCUUUUCCUUUAUUCUCUCUAUUUCUUUUGCACGCAGCACGAGGACUUUGUUCCCAACCCAGAGAGCUGACAGUGGUGAUAAUGGUUUUGACAAUGAAAGACCUCAAAUUGCUACUGGGUUUCUUUUCUUUUAAUGAGAGUGAGAAAAGUGGGGUAGAAGGAGACAAAAGGAAAGAGAAGGAAAGAGAUGAAGGCACAGAAAAAGGUUUCAUGUUCACAAAGAAAAUUUGUCUAAAAAAAAUAAGACACUGAAAAAGUGGAUAUCUUAUGAAAAAGAAAAAAAAGAAAAAAAAAAUCACAUUUUCCAUUCAGCACAUGGAGGUUUCAAGAACAGUCAAACAAAAUAUACGAAGCUCAGUAGUUUUACCUGCUCAAUAACAGACAAAUGUAUUUCAAUUAUGACGAAAGAAAUGACUUUAAGAAAUCAGGUCAUUUAAACUAAACAGAAAGAGGCAUUUUAAGACAAUCAUGAAAGGGGGCAACCCUAAUUGAUGAAUGAACCCAAACUGACAGGCUGACAUAGACAAUGCAGUCAAUUUAGCAUGUAAAAAAGCAAACUGAAGGGCAGGGCUUGUUGAUACAGAACAUACCAGAAAAUAUCAUGGACAUGAAAUCUAGUAGAUGACUAGAAAAAAUGGCAAAUGUUCAGACAACUUUAACACGUCGGCUCAUUACAAUCUUUGUGUGUGAAACAGUGUGUGUCUAUACCCCUGAGGUGCAGGAAAAACAGAAAUCAGGGAUUAAUAAAAUAUGUAACACUGUGAACCUCUGCAUCUUGUGUGUGGGCUAAGAAGGAAGAGAGAGAACAAAGGUCUUUAAUUGAUUAAAGACAAUCCACUUUUUUCACAGUCUGACUUUGUGUGACUUAAACGCAGCAUUAGAGAGAGUAGAAAGGUAGGAACACUAAAAGGAUAUCCGCACCGGAUCUGCAAUUUUCCAGCCUUUUUCUGAUGCAUUUUAAAAGUGAACUAUUCAAAAAGUAGUCCAUGUAAAUCACUUCUUUCUCUCGUUAUAGAUAUGGAUAUACAUCAUGAUGAAUAGUAAAUAAAGCUUGUUAUCUUUUUCAUUGAUAUAUGUAUCAUUAAAAGUUGUGAUGAAACGCAUUGUUGAUGUGUAUAUAUACAUAUGCAUAUAUAGAAAUAUAUCACCUAUAAUCCAAGGAAGCAUUUACCCUGUACUUCAAAAUAGUAACAAAUUCACACAUCAGGUAUGAGACAAAAUCCUCUUGUCAGUUCUUAAGGCCCUUAUGAAGCUAAAUCUCCAUGGUGGCAUUGAUAGACAUAUAUGGCACACAUUCAUCCGCUGGAAGAGUGAAUAAGGAAAAGUAACCAAUUUGAUAGUGUCAUUUAAGAGCAAACAUGCCUCCAAUCUGGAGAGUGUGGUAAUGCCUGUGUAAGCAAUCUAGAGAUCAAUAUAAUGAGAGGGGGGAAGCACAGAAUACAGUAUCCAAGAAAGAAUGGCCUUUAAACACAUCUUUUCAAUAGCUUAAUGUGUGCGUAAAAGCACAUGAAGUCCUCAGAAUGGUUUCUCAGACAACAUACAGUUCAAUUAGUUAUUCGCACCCGUUCCCCAACCCAUUUCUCAAAUUAAUGUAAUUCUAGAUAAUUGGAAAACAGCACCUUUUUCUUAGCAACAUCAAAUUAUUGAGUCUUAUUAAGCAUGAAGACACUGACAUAUGGAGAAAGGCACAGUAACAGCAUCGGUAACGAUCCUGAAAGACCAAGAGUACCUGAAAGCAGCUUUUGCCACUAAAAUUACCAGUUAAAAAGGCCAACUUCACAAUACCCAACAAUUAACUUGAUAGUUUGACAAGUCCCAAUUACUGGUAAAUCAAAUCCCGAGAAGCUACACCUAGGGGCUUCACAGCGCCUCUCACAUUGAAACCAAACAGAGAAUUACAAUUACACCUAUCCAAACAGCAGCAGCAACUCUCAGAAGUCGUCCGUGAUGAACCGCAUACCUCUUAUCCCUGAAUUUACCACAUCGGGUCAAUUAGACUAAUUAGACUGAGAGGAGACCAACAAUUUCACAUUUCUUCAUUGGAGCUAAAGUGGUGAUUGAUUGUGAGAGAAUGGUGUAGGUGGGAGGCUUUUAACGAGGCCUGAAAUAAUUGCUAUGAGGCUGCCGUUCUGCAAACAUGCUCAGAUCUUUCUUUUUAAAAAAAUCCUAAAUCAUUCAUAUCAUUAAAGGUUCAGUAACUGAAAGCUGAUUCCAAAGCCUUGGGCAUCAAACAGAAUUCAAUCGUGGCAAUAUACGUUUGGGAAUUUCUGGACGUUACAAAAUAUAUGA